AUACUAGUCUUUUGUUAAAAAACUUCUGACCGGAGCAUCAUUAUAUUAUCCUUAUCAUAUAAGAAACGCACAAAAGGAAGGUUGAGAUUGCUGAGAGUUUGGGAGAAGAGCGAAAGAAAAAUGGCGUCUUGGAAUUCAGUUCCUUUGAACGUAACCUACGAAUUUCUGGGUUGGUUCGCUUUCGUUUCUUGGUCCGUCAGUUUCUACCCUCAAGUCAUCUUGAAUUUUCGCAGGAAGAGUGUGGUUGGGCUCAACUUCGACUUCGUGCUGUUGAAUCUGACCAAGCACAGUUCCUAUCUCAUAUACAACGCUUUUCUCUACUUCAGCUCUGCUAUUCAGAAGCAAUACUUCGACAAAUACGGUUACGAAGAGAUGAUACCUGUGGCAGCAAAUGAUGUUGCUUUCUCGAUCCAUGCUGUUCUGCUGACGGCAAUUACAUUGUUUCAGAUUGCAAUCUAUGAACGUGGGAGUCAGAAAGUGUCCAAAAUUUCUGUUGGAAUUGUCUCUGUUGCUUGGCUUACGGCAGCGGUUUGUUUCUUUGUUGCUUUGUCAAAUCAUUCCUGGCUUUGGCUUCUCUCCAUCUUCAACUCAAUUCAAGUAGUUAUGACUAUUGUAAAGUAUAUUCCUCAGGCAAUCAUGAACUUCGUAAGAAAAAGUACUGAUGGCUUCAGCAUUGGUAACAUUCUACUUGAUUUUUCUGGAGGGAUAGCAAACUAUGGACAGAUGGUUGUGCAAUCAAUAGAUCAAAAUUCGUGGAUCAACUUCUAUGGUAAUAUAGGAAAAGUUUUGCUAUCUCUGGUAUCUGUAUUCUUUGACAUUAUAUUCAUUAUUCAACAUUAUGUUCUGUAUCGUGGUCAAAAAUCCUCCAAAGCGGUAAAUACUACAGAACAUGAAGAUCAAAUCAGAGAGCACCUUGUCAGACCUUCUGAUCAAUUACCACAAGAGAAUGUGUAAGAUAGGAACUUCAUAAUGUAUGUUGAACUUCCCAUUGAUUGAUAUUAUUAUCAAGAUCAAAUUAGGAUGUUUUUCUUAUCCUAUACAUCAGGAGCACCAUUUUGGUUGGAGCUUCAAUAAACUUCGUUGUAUAAGUUUUAAGAAUUAUAGUGGUACAUUCUUUAUACUAAUUUGUAUCAGAACUUUAUAUAUGAUCAAAAUGACUAUCAUUCUAUUAUCAAGCUACUGAAUUCCCUACUAGGUGGCUGUCGCAAGAGAUCAGAUUAAAACAGAGAUGUACCAAGUAUAAAGCUGUUUGAAAUUUUCCAC